AUGAAAGUAAAACGAUACAAAAAAGUCAAUAAAAAUUUACGAUUCUUUAUUAACAACUUUGGCUUUAGACAACCAUUUCAAGUAUUAAUAGAUGGGACUAUCUGCUACUGUGCAUUAAAUAAUAAGAUCAAUAUUGCCGAUAAUAUUCCAAGGUACCUACAAGGUGAAAUAAAACUACUAACUACACAAUGUGCUAUUGUAGAAAUGGAAAGUUUGGGUUCCAAACUGAACGGGGCUCUUCUAGUUUUAAAACAGUAUGCAGUCCACAAAUGUGGACAUGAAGGCAAACCAAUAUCAGGUUCAAAAUGUUUUUUGAGUAUGUUAGGAAAAUCAAAUCCGAAUCAUUAUAUUGUGGGAACACAGGAUAGAGAUCUACAAGAUAAAGUUAGGGGCAUAAUUGGUGUACCAUUAUUAUAUUUACAUAUGAAAACACCCGUUUUAGAAAAACCUUCUGAUAUAUCAAUUAAAGCCUCUGUGUCUAGAUUAUCUGCAGUAGGAGCUUCUGAGGCAAAAGCUUUAGAAGAACUAAAGGUGAAAAAUGGGUUGUUGCUUAGUAAUGAAAAACCGAAGAGAAAGAAAAAAAAGGGUCCUAAUCCAUUAUCUUGUAAAAAAAAGAUGAAAAAACCUGGAUCAAAUUCCACAAUAUCUAAAAAAGAAGGUCAACCUGAGGUAGAGAAAAAGAAAAGAAAAAGGGUAAAAAUAUCCCAACAUAUAAGAGAAGCAUUAUUACAAAAUAAAAACUAUUAA